GCCAGAGGCCCUUACCGAAGUCCUUGUCGCGUCUCACAUAAUUUAUCGCUCGACGCGAAUCAAAGGUUAAGAUUCUCGGUCUCGAUACGCGAAUUCCGCUCAACAAUUAACAGGAGCCAACACCUCCUCGCCUGGGGCUGAUAUAAUAUCAAUAUGCCUGUUAUUGAUCUCUCUCUCGAGCCAGGCUCAGAUAGCGAGGCCCGCAAGAAGCUGCUGCUUGCCCAUUGGGGAACAACGGCACAACGCGAACAUCUCUCCAAAUGGCUCGCCGAGUUCCAAAAAGAUCUGGCCAAGGCACAGGCUGAGGCUUCCAUUGCGUCAGCAGAAGCCGCCGCUCACGCUACGCCGACGAGCGAACCUCCUGCCUAUGGCAUUCAGACAGCAGCCCCUGCCGCCAUUGAUCCUGAAACAAGCUCUGUCGAGAUUAUUCAGUCCCCUCCCAUCACCUCUGUUCCAGCGGUCCUUGUCGAAGCGCCUUCAGAGCAAAAUAGCCCGACCGUCGAGAAACCUGCUCAUGGAAAGCCCCCUGUCCAAAAGCUUACGGCGGAGGAGACGGAGCUUGAGCAGCCGGCCAUGGAAAAGAUCGCCACUGAGAAAAAAAUUCCGGAACAGUCCGUCGAGGAUCAGCCUUCUGUGGAGAAGCCUGUUGCCUUAAAGCCGUCCCGCGAACAUUCCGCCUCCGAGGAGACGGUUGUCGAGAAGCCUGUGGAGUCACUACUCAUCAAUAUUCCGCCACCGCCAUCCGAGGGACACAAGGCUAAAGCCGCCGAAGGCAUUCUGCCUGAUAAACUGGUAACCUCGGUCAAGGCCGUACCAGUUCAUGCGACCCCGACCGCUGUCAUUGAUAUGCGGCCGAAUUCUGUUAAUCGCGACCCCGACUCGCCUGUCCGGUUUGCCUCGUCUCAAACCACCGUCGCUUCUGUCCACACGACAACCGAACGGCUCCAGUCAGUUCCAUCAAGUGGUGGUGACUCGAUACUAUUCCAGCCAAACAUUUUCAUAUUAGUUCUCGUCGUGAUAUGCGCCGUUUUGUACCGAAAGUGGCGCUCGAGACCAAGGGAGGUGUUGAUCGGGGAAAAGGGUGCCCGGGGUCUAGCCUGAGGCCUAAUGCCAGUGUCCCUUUCCCUUGAAGCGUCCGAUUUGCUUUUAGACUUGUAUCUUUUCCUGCAUUUCCCCAGUCCAUUUCAUCUUCGGUUCGACAGCGUUCCCGCCUCCACGGCGUGGGGCAUUCACAUCUUUGAUGAGUGUUGGUCGUUUCUCACUAACAACGGCACAACGGCUCUUUUGUCCGAUC